CAACUCACGACAACGCUCCGCCCGGUGACGACGACGAAGGUAUUUCCGCUCCACCCCAAACAGUCGGUCCCUUACGGUCAUACUGAUUUUGCUUGAAUACAGCAACCGCCAAAAUGACUAAGGGAACUUCGAGCUUUGGCAAGCGCCACACCAAGACCCACGGUCUUUGCAGACGUUGCGGGAGAAUAUAUGGGUCGACGGCCGCGAAGAUGAACGAGAACUAUCAACGACGUCCGCCCGCUACAAGAGAACAAGAGAUUGACAAUCGAUUCACCAGUCGCCGUUCGCUCCACAACCAGAAGAAGGUCUGCGCUUCUUGCGGCUACCCUGCCGCCAAGACCCGCAAGUACAACUGGUCUGAGAAGGCCAAGCGCAGAAAGACCACCGGCACUGGUCGCCUCCGUUACCUCAGCACCGUCUCUCGCAAGUUCAAGAACGGCUUCCAGACCGGUGUCCCCAAGGGCUCCAAGGGUCCCGUCGCUGCUUAA